AUGUAUAAGCAUCUUAUUCAGCUUUAUGAUUUGGAAAACGAUAUCGAUGAAAAUGAUUUCAAUAGAAUGAUUUAAGAUCCAGAGUUAUAUGGAAUGGUUUGGGAAGAUUUUUUAAUAAUGACAGAAAAUAUUGAAGAAUUAUUAAUAGAAACUGAAUAUGAUUAAAAAGAUAUUGAUAGAUCUGUUAAUGAAUUAAAAGAAACUUGGGACUAAUGGUUAUAAGAUUAAGCUCAACUAAAUAAAUCUGUUUUUGAAGAUAGUGAAUAAUAAAUUAAGACAGAACUUUGA